GUAUAAUUUAUCGUAAAAUAUUUUGUUUAAAUCAUGAUAGAGAAAACAUGUUGUUGACGGCAUUGUAAGAAAAUGGCACCACUGAACUCUCUUUCGAAAGAGUAUCCACUCAUCGACUCUAACUUCCAAACUUUCUGCGCUUCCCACGCCAUUUAUUCUGUCGAAGAUUUCCUCCUUCACGAUCUCGACGCAUUAUUUGCUUCCGCAGCUAAUCACUCCAAUUCGGAAAGACUCAAGCAGGGUAUUCAUCAACUUCUAUUAAUAGUUGAUGCUUUACAUCCACCAGUGCUAAACGGUUUGCAGCUAAUUGAAGAUGCUAAACGGAAUAAGCACGUUUUCUCCACUGGUUGUGAAGGGAUUGAUGCAUUGCUUGGAGGUGGGUUACGUGUAGGACAGUUAACUGAACUUGUUGGACCAUCCUCUUCUGGCAAGACACAGGUUUGCUUGAUGUCUUCCUCAACUGUUGCAAAGAAUAAGUGUUCAGUUAUAUAUUUAGAUACUGGCAACUCCUUUUCACCCCAGCGUAUUGCAUAUUUUGUUGGACAGUCUUCUGAUUAUGUCUCAGUAAAUCAGGCUGAUCAUAGACUUCUACAGAACAUAUUGGACAGGAUAAUUUGCUACCCAGUGUUUGAUGUAUAUCAGAUGUUUGAUCUGCUGCAUCAACUGAAGAUUAAUCUGAGAUCCCAGGUUUUCAUUGACAUUGUCAAAUCAGAUCAUCAAGUGCAAGUACUUAUUGUUGAUUCAAUUUCUUCACUGAUUACUCCCAUCCUCAGGGGCAAUGGUCCUCAGGGACACGCUUUAAUGAUAUCUUCUGGUUUUUUACUGAAGCAGCUAGCACAUGAGCAUAAUAUUGCAGUGUUGGUGACAAAUCAUGUGGUGGGUGGGGAUGACGGUAAUCCUAAACCAGCACUUGGAGAGAGUUGGAAGAGUGUCCCUCAUGUACGGCUUUUACUUUCACGUGAUUGUAGAAGCAAUGUCAGCAACAUCUCAAUAAUAAAACAUCCAGCUAUGGCUUCUGGUAGGUCUGCAACUUCGACCCGUCUGUUUGUUUGAAACUAUUCUCACCGCUAAUUGGUGAUUCAUCAAAGGAAUAGCCUUUCAUAGAAGUGCAUGGAGAAACUUGUUUUUGUUACUUUUGUCAAAGGAGUGAGUCCUACAAUCUUUCUUAAUAGGUGCUAACCCUAACUCACUCGCAAAUGCUGUCAUUCCUAAUUCUAUAUCUUACUGUAUUUCGACACAUUAGUGCAACAUUGUUACAUUGAGUUUACUCGUGUUGGCAUUUUAUUGUCCAACAUUCUAUCCCAUUGUACAACAUCUUUGAUCGUGCUACAAAAUUUUUCCUUUGGCUUGAGCAGUAUUUUUUAUUACAUAAAUCACCUAUCUCUCCUCA